AUGCCCGCCCGCAAACCCCGUUGCAACUUCAAGGAGUGCAAGAAUGCCGCUCAGCGCAUCAUCGGUGACUGCACAUUCUGCAAUGGACAUUUCUGCGACAAGCACCGCAUGCUGGAAUCGCACGCCUGCAGCGGCCUGGAAGAUUGCAAGAAGGAGUCGCAUGCCCGGAACGCAGAUAAACUCAACAGCGAGCGAACGACCGUCAUCAAGGGUGUUUAA